AUGAGUGUUUUCGAUUCCGAUUCAACGCACCCAGCGGAACUCUCUGACCAGCAUCCAACUACAUCCGCGGCCAUCAUGAUCUUCAUUAUCAUCUCCGCGGUCGGCCUAUCUGUCGUCGUAGGAUUCAUCUUCUUCGUUGCAUGGUACAGAAUGAAGAAGAGAAGGGAACAACACGAGGUCGCUGUCGAGCUGGUAGAACCCUCUCAAAUUGAAGCAGUUAUGCAGAAUCCGCCGGUUCAGCAGCGGCAGGAGGUUGGUAUGGCGUACUGA